GGUACAAACAGACUUCGGGGAGGUAACUGUUGCACAGCGACGCAUCAGACGCACAGGUUUAAGUAGGUGCAAUGGAUUCUCUGGGGACCAGCCUACUUUCACUCGCAUCAUAUUGGAGACCGCCUUGUCAGGUUCAUUCGCGCACAGGCUGCGCACUGGGGCAUAGGUAACUGCUAAAUAGUUAUUGGAAUGGAUCUGAAUGACUGAGUUGACAAAUAUGCCACCAUUUUAGUUUUUUAGAUUUGAAAUGUAAUAUAUUAUUAUGUGGCUAUUUCCAUUAAAUCAGGAGCUAUGGAUCGACUUGGUGAAUGGAGUUUCAAACCGAAGAAGAUGAAAGUGGAAUUGGAGGAUGGUUUUUAUUUUGAUUAUGAUGCGGGAGAAAUAUCUGAUUAUCAAGACCCCAAUCAACUUUUAGCUGCUUUGAAACAAAAGGAGGAAGAAGUCCUUUUGGCGGCCCAGCUGGGAAAUGCAUUGCUUUUGGAAAAUCGGCAGUUGAAAGAACAAAGCGACAAACUUAAUGAACAGUAUGCAUACAAACUUGAGGAGUUGGAGCAGAGCAGGCAUGAUCUGCGGUUGAAGCUGGAGGGUUGCCAGUCUGGGUGGGUGAGCCAGGUUGGGGACCUGGAGAGAGACAUGAGGGAUCUGAGUGGCCAGGUGGCCAGGCUGACCCAGGCCCUGACCGACGCAGAGAGGGACAAGACCAGGGCCCAGGAGGAAGACGCAGAACACACCCAGCGCCUCAGAGAACAGCUCAGCAUCGCGAUGGAGGUGGAGAGGGCAAUGACCAGUCAACUGCAGACCAUGAAACUGGAGCUCCGUCAGAGAGGCCACCAUAACAGACCACAGGAUGAGGAGCUGCUCAGUGCCAUGAGUGAGCAGGUGGUGCGUCUGUCCCAGAGGGGUCAGUCUCUAGAGGAGCAGCUGGAGAGUGUGUGUCAGGAGAACGCAGACCUACGGGACAGACUGGCCUCCCUACACACACACUCCGCUCUACAGGACCAACAAAACCAGCAGCAGAGCCAACAGCUGACCGAGGCAUGGCAGGAGGCUGCGGCUGCGAGGGGGCGUUCCCAGCAGCUUCAGGUCCAGGUGGAGGAGCUGCAGGAGGAGGUCUCUCUGCAGUACAGGAGUAGCCAUGGAAACACAUCCCUACUGUCUGAGCUGGAGACCAGUCUGGACACCAUGGGCUUGGGCCAUGACAGAGAACAGAUGACCCAGGAGGUUCUGUCCAUCCUGGAGCUCCUGCGACCCCUGACCCGGGUAGUGAAGACUCCAGAGAGGUCAGAGUUUAUAGGUCAGGAGGAAGGAGAUCUGCAGGCCAUGCUCCUACAGUUAAAGGGUUUAGCUCAGAAACUGGCCAACCACACCCACAUCCCACAGCUCCAGGAAGAGAAUGCUGAGCUGAGGCUGAGGCUCGGAAACAGACAGGAUGAAGAAGAGGUGGCCCAACAGGCCAUCAGAGAUAGAGAUGAAGCCAUAGCUAAGAAGAACCUGAUGGAGGCGGAGCUGGUGAGGAGUAAGAAUGACAUGAUGUGUCUGAACAACCAGUUGCUGGAGGCUAUACAACGCAAGUUGGAGCUGUCUCAGGAGCUAGAGGCCUGGCAGGACGAUAUCCAGAUCAUCAUCAACCAGCAGCUGAGGACCCAGCAGCAGUUGGAGCAGGUCGAGAAGAAGCCUGCCUCUAACCCCAUGUCCUUCUGGAGGAGACCCAGCACAGCUUCCUCCACCAGGCCCCGCCGGCCCUCCUCCUUCCCCGCUUCCUGGACCUCAGAAGCUGGGCAAGAGAAGCCCCAGUCCCCCUGGAGAAACUGGCUUCGACGGGGCAAGGCGACACAGCCAGGCAAAUAGUAUGCUGGAAUGUCUGUUGCUUCACCUUGGAGGACUGGCACAUAGCACAGAAAUGUCUUGACCAGCUGGCCAUUGAAGAAGGCGAGUUGAGUCAUCAAGGCAAGAACUAUCAGUCUAUCAGUCUUGGUAGAUAAGAGUACCAAGCAAAACAGGACAGGCUGAACACUCAGUAAUGUUAUAUAGUAGACUUCAGUAGAGUAUUAGAAUUCAAGACCAUGGUGUGUUGGAAACAAGGACCAGAUAAGAGCCCUAAUGGACAAAGAGUUCUCAGUAAGUAGACAGUAGUUUCCCCACUGUCACUGAAAAUAACCUAAUAACAUUCAAAGCAUGUUAGAGCAGGUUAAAAAGCCUCUAGCAUGGUAAAUGCUAGAAUGGCCAGGGAGUCACACACUAGGAUAGUAAUUGCUAGCAUGGCCAGGGAGUCACACACUAGGAUAGUAAUUGCUAGCAUGGCCAGGGAGUCACACACUAAGAUAGUAAUUGCUAGCAUGGCCAGGGAGUCACACACUAGGAUAGUAACUGCUAGCAUGGCCAGGGAGUCACACACUAGGAUAGUAAUUGCUAGCAUGGCCAGGGAGUCACACACUAGGAUAGUAAUUGCUAGCAUGGCCAGGGAGUCACACACUAGGAUAGUAACUGCUAGCAUGACCAGGGAGUCACACACUAGGAUAGUAACUACUG